CCUUGUGUUCUAAGUUUCAAACGCCGUCAUCGUAGCUUUAUCCAGAAGGAGCAGAAACUACUACUACUACUACGAGAGAGAGAGAGAGAGAGAGAGAGCGUGAAGAGAGAGAGACAAGAAUGACAACUGAGUUACAGUUACCGCCAGGCUUCAGGUUUCAUCCAACGGAUGAGGAGCUUGUGAUGCACUAUCUCUGCCGUAAAUGCGCGUCGCAGCCAAUCGCCGUCCCGAUUAUCGCCGAGAUCGAUCUUUACAAGUACGAUCCAUGGGAACUGCCAGGCUUGGCUUUGUAUGGGGAGAAAGAGUGGUACUUCUUUUCGCCCAGAGACAGGAAGUACCCGAACGGUUCGAGGCCGAACCGGGCGGCCGGGUCCGGGUAUUGGAAGGCGACCGGGGCUGAUAAGCCGAUCGGACAUCCUAAGCCGGUUGGGAUUAAGAAGGCCUUGGUUUUCUACGCUGGGAAAGCUCCGAAAGGAGAGAAAACCAAUUGGAUUAUGCAUGAGUACCGGCUUGCUGACGUGGACCGGUCCGCUCGCAAGAAGAACAGCUUAAGGCUGGACGAUUGGGUACUGUGCCGCAUAUACAACAAGAAGGGCUCCAUAGAGAAGCAAACCCAAAGCUUGAACCGGAAACUGGCGAGUUUCCCGGAGCCGGAGGACAAGAAGCCGGAGAAGCUGACGGCAUCGCAAGUUCUCAACGGUUACCCGCCACCGCCGGCGGCGACGGGGGUGAAUGAUUUCAUGUACUUUGACACGUCGGAAUCGGUGCCGAGGCUCCACACGGACUCGAGCUGCUCGGAGCACGUGGUGUCGCCGGAGUUCACGUGCGAGGUCCAGAGUGAGCCCAAGUGGAAGGAGUGGGAGAAGGCCCUCGAUUUCCCAUAUAAUUACAUGGAUGCCACUGUGGACAGCGCGUUCGCCUCGUCGCAGUUGCAGGGCGGGGGUAAUUAUCAGUUGUCGCCGCUGCAGGACAUGUUCAUGUACCUGCAGAAGCCCUUUUGAAUUUUGACUUGGGUUGGCCAAAAACGGAGAAGACUACGGAUGGUAUUUUGCUGGUUUUCGGUGUCGUGGGACAACACGAGACGAAGGUCCAUGACUGUUGCUCUGCGAUAGCUCACAUAAAUAUAUAAUUAAGGAAGAAGAAUUAGAAUGAAAAAAAAAAAAGGAAAAGAAAAAAUAUAAUAUAUAUAUAGAACGCGAAUUCCGUCAUUGGGGAUUUCACUUGUGGGGUCCAGCAUUUGGCUCCCGGGGGUGGACUUGGGUGCGGGUCGGUACACCGAGCACAUUGAUCUUUGCAUAUAGCGGUAGCAUGUGUACAGCCUGUAGAUGUAGAUAGAUAUAAACGUUGUCACCGUCAUGAUUUUGAGUACCGGGCAUUUAUUGGCCCCAAAUCUAAAUUUUAAUAUUUCUCGUUGUAGCAGAUUAAAAUUGUUUUCCUUCUUCGUUUCUUGUUGAUCUGUUUUCUUUCUUUUAUAGUUUGGAGGAUUCCUCAUUUUUUAUAUGGAGUAAUUUCUCUCGUAAGAUAAAAAAUUACUAAUUCUAAUAACUUUUUUAGUAUUCA